AUGAUCCUCCAGCCCACCAACAUUUCAUUAUCGUUUGACAUGCCUUUGCUUUCGCCAACUCGGCAACACAAGGAACUCAACCAAGAUUGGAACCGAAAGGAAAAAAACACGACAAGAGUUAACCUCAAUUCGUGGUCGAUGGAGUUCAGCAGAAGUUUCAGGUUGUCAAAGUCACACCGUAUACUGCUUUCAUCAGAAUAUGUGACAUUGGAAUGUGGCUACGAGAGACUCUCACAAUCGAUGAGGCUAACUGGGGAAUACGAUUUCAGUUACAAGCUCAAGAAAAAUAAAAAGGGUUUGGGGCUUCUUGGUAAAGUUUUCUCCUUUGCAAGAAUUUCAUCUCCCCACGAAGAGCCUAAGAAGGUGGCGGAGAGGGUUGUAAAGAAGGAGAAGAAACGCUCUUCUUGGCUUCCCGAUCCCGGUAGACGGUGGCCAAUUCAGGGAUGGUGA